AUGGCAUCUGCGGAGCACGGCAAGAAGCUGCGGAUCCUGCUCAUCCCCUUCUUCGCCACCAGCCACAUCUGUCCGCAAACCGACCUCGCCGUCCGCCUCGCCGGGGCCUGCCCUGACGCCGUCGAACCCACAUUGGCCGUCACCCCGGCGAACGUCGCGGUCGUUCGGGCGGCACUCGAUCGGCACGGCGCCUCCGCGGCGAGCAGCGCCAUCAAGAUAGCCACCUACCCGUUCCCGCACGUGGCCGGCGUCCCACCCGGCGUGGAGAACCUCGCCCCCGCCGCCGGCGACGCGUGGCGCAUCACGGCCGCGGCCCUCGAGGAGGGGCUGACGCGGCCCGCGCAGGAAGCGCUCAUCCGGGACAUGUCCCCCGACGCCAUCAUCACGGACGUCCACUUCUCCUGGAACUCCAUCGUCGCCGGCGAGCUGGGCGUGCCGUGCGUUUCGUUCGGCGUGAUCGGCGCCUUCUCGUCGCUCGCCAUGCACCACCUCAGCAGCACACUGGGCGGCAGCUCCAAGUCCGACCAAGAGGAGGUGGUGGUCCCUGGGUUCGCAGGGCCGGAGAUAAGGAUCCCGAGGGCCGAACUGCCGGAGUUCUUGAGGUGCCAGCAGAAGAACGAACGGUUCAACACGACCGUCCAGGGGAUAGGUACUACGGGCUUCGGCCUCGCCCGCAACACCUUCUUCGACAUGGAGCAGCAGUACUGCGAGCUGUAUGCGCGCCACGGCUACGUGGAUCGCGCCUACUUCGUCGGACCAGUGUCCUUGCCGUUACCACGGGGCGGAGCUGCAGGCGUCGGCGAGUCAUCACGCACCAUCACCAGUUGGCUGGGCUCGAUGCGGACAUGCUCGGUGGUGUACGUAUGCUUCGGCACCUACGCUUUGGUCUCGGACGAUCAGCUCCGCGAGCUGGCUCUCGGGCUGGAAGCUUCCGGCCAUCCGUUUUUGUGGGUGCUGAGGGCGGACGGGUGGACGCCGCCGGCGGGGUGGGAGGAGCGCGUGGGGAAGAGGGGGAUGCUCGUCAAUGGCUGGGCGCCACAGGCCGUGAUAUUGGGUCAUCCGUCCGUUGGGGCGUUCCUGACGCACUGCGGCUCGAGCUCGCUGCUGGAGGCGGCGGCGGCCGGCGUGCGGAUGCUGACGUGGCCGCUGGAGUUCGACCAGUUCAUCGGGGAGAGGCUAGUCACGGACGUUCUCAAGAUUGGCGAGAGGGUGUGGAGCGGGCCACGGAGCACGAGGUACGAGGAGAAGGCGACAGUGCCGGCGGAGGCGGUGGCGCGGGCACUGGCGAGAUUCUUGGAGCCUGGAGGAAGAGGGAAGGCAGCCAGGGUCAGGGUGCGGGAGCUCGCCCUCAAGGCUCACGCCGCCGUGGAGGAAGGCGGCUCCUCGCACACUGAUCUGCGUAGGCUCAUCAACGAUCUGAUAAAAGAAAGGAGGCUGCCGCUGCCGCUGCCGACACUCGACAGUAACACUGUUGACUACUCGACGUCUUGCUGA